GAAAGAUGGUACGGUCGGCAAAAAGAGCGCAUGUGUUUAUCUUAACUAAGCUAAAAUGCCUAUUUGGGACACGAGUCUCACCCGAAGCUUUAUAAUUCUUAUCGUGAGAUACGUGUAAACGUUCUGUGAUUUAGACACCAGAGUGGUGAAACAGAUGUAAAACCUGGAUGACUGUGUAUAUGGAUGGUGUCGAGCUGCAAACAAAGUCACCAUCGCAUCCUGUCUGUAGGUCAGACAGACAGAUAGACAGACAGACAGCACCAUCAUCAUAAAAGCAGAGCACAAUAACAGCGUCCGUUGUUUAGAAUUUAAUCUGAGCCUCAUGGUCUUGCUCCUGGAAUAGAAACUAAAUCAGCAUCACCAGUGACUAUAGUGUAGGUUUGAUCUGUACACACACACAAAGACACCAGGAUGGAUUUAAAUGACAGCAGGUCGUUAUCCGAGCUCAUGACCGGGUAUGAAGGCACUGAAACCGGAUUCUGUGUACCUAAGGAUGGCUGGAGGAUCUGUCUGGGGCACGAGUUUAAGGAGAAAAGAAAACCUUUUCAGGCUAAAGACGUGUCCCUGUCUCACAUCAUGCAGCACAUCGGCUUGGGCUUCAGGUAUUUAAAAUGGUGGUACCAGAGAACACAGAUAGAGAAGAAGGCACCCUUUAUAGACAUAUUCAAGGCUUUGCCUCUAAGGCAGAUUUAUGGUGCUCCUCUGGGUGGCAUUGGAGGAGGAAGCAUUACACGUGGAUGGAAAGGGGAGUUCUGCAGGUGGCAACUAAACCCAGGAAUGUAUCACUACAAAACAGUCAUUGCUGACCAGUUUACAGUGUGCCUCCGUAAGGAUGGUCAGACAAUCUAUCAGCAAGUGUUGUCCACCGAACAUCCUCACACACUGCAGGACUGGAAUUGGGGUUACUGCGGUGCAUUUGCAUUCUACCAUGCACUAUUUCCCAGAGCCUGGACAGUUUAUCAGCUGCCCGGUCAGAACGUGACACUCACAUGCAGGCAGGUGUCACCUGUCAUCCCACACAACUACAAGGACUCAAGUUUUCCGGUUGCUGUGUUCGUGUGGGAUAUAGAGAACAAGAAUGAUUAUGCACUGGAUGUCACAAUCAUGUUUACCAUGGCCAACGGAUCAGGCCACAAGGAUGAAAAAUGUGGGGGUCACUGGAAUGAACCAUUCAAUUUGGAAAGAGAGGGCGAGUCUGUGUCAGGGGUUUUGCUUCACCACUGCUCACCAGUGAACCCGUACACACUGUGUAUGGCAGCUCGAGAACAGUCCAACAAAAAGAUCACCCAUCAGACUGCGUUCAAUCCAAAUGAUACUGGAAAGGCCGUUUGGAGUGACCUGAUGAGUGAUGGACAGUUAGAUUCACCCCCUGGCUCCAGCCCUCUAACUCGGAAAGGAGAGAUGGUGGCAGCAGCCCUGGCGGUGGGCUGCUCUGUGCCUGCCCAUGAACACAACAGUCUAGAAUUCUGCCUGGCCUGGGACAUGCCAAAAAUUACUUUUGGCUCAAGGGAAAGAGAGCACAUCAGACGUUAUGCACGUUACUAUGGCACUAAAGGAGAUGCAGGCCCGGCUCUUUCACACUAUGCACUUACACACUACAAAGACUGGGAAAAUGACAUUAAGGAAUGGCAAAGACCCAUUCUAGAUGAUGGUUCUCUCCCUUCCUGGUAUAAAUCAGCUUUGUUUAAUGAAUUAUACUUUGUUGUGGAUGGAGGGACAGUGUGGGUAGAGCUUCCUGAGGACUGUGAUGUUAGUGGAGGUCUUCGUUCAGAAGAAGGUGGUCUUCCAGCUCAGCCCCUUGUCCUCAAGGAGUAUGGCCGUUUUGCCUAUUUAGAAGGUCAGGAGUACAGAAUGUACAACACAUACGAUGUACACUUCUAUGCCUCCUUUGCACUUAUCAUGCUCUGGCCCAAACUGGCUCUGAGUCUACAGUAUGAUAUUGCUGGUAGUGUGGUACAGUAUGACCCCACACAAAGGGUGAACCUUAUGAAUGGGCUUUGCUCACCAGUUAAGACCAGGAAUGUAGUACCUCAUGAUAUAGGAGACCCAGAUGACGAGCCUUGGCAGCGUGUUAAUGCCUAUCAGAUCCAUGACACAGCGGAUUGGAAAGACCUGAACCUGAAAUUUGUUCUGCAGGUCUAUCGUGACUAUCAUCUAACUCAGGACCUGCAGUACCUGAAGGACAUGUGGCCCAUUUGCCAGGUGAUUAUGGAGACUGAAAUGAAGUUUGAUAAAGAUGGGGAUGGCCUAAUAGAGAACUCCGGCUAUGCCGACCAGACCUAUGAUGGAUGGAUUGUAACAGGUCCCAGUGCAUAUUGCGGGGGUCUGUGGCUGGCCUCAGUGUGUGUAAUGUGUAAGAUGGCACAACUUAUGAAAAGUGAUUCCGUGUAUGAGCACUACAGAGACAUCCUGAAGCGAGGCAGUGCCGCCUUUGAUAAACUACUGUGGAAUGGGAGGUACUAUAACUAUGACAGCAGUGGGCGAGGUAUGUCCAACAGUGUGAUGUCUGACCAGUGUGCAGGCCAGUGGUUUCUCAGGGCAUCUGGACUAGGAGAUGAUGAGUUUGAGGUUUUCCCUAAGGAGAAGAUCCGCAGUGCACUGAAAAGUGUGUUUGAUCUGAACGUGAUGAGCUUUGCAGGAGGGCAGAUGGGGGCUGUGAAUGGCAUGAGACCAGAGGGCGUUCCUGAUCGCUCCAGCGUCCAGUCAGAUGAAGUCUGGGUUGGUGUUGUCUAUGGACUUGCAGCUACUAUGAUUCAGGAGGGCCUUUUAGAAGAAGGUCUUCACACUGCUGAAGGUUGCUAUCGGACAGUAUGGGAGCAGACAGGAAUGGCCUUUCAGACUCCUGAAGCAUACUGUGAAAAAGGGAUCUAUCGCUCCUUGGCUUACAUGAGACCUCUUAGCAUUUGGGCCAUACAACUGGCCCUGGACAAUCGACCAAAUCUGAGCAAGACGCCAAGGCCGUCCGUUUAGAGACAGAUUUACAGGAUAAACAGUGUAAAAAGAACUGCCAUUAAUGAUUGUGUGCAUGAUCUUCUGACCUCCAUGCACACGACUGUUCAUACCAGAUUAAGUGUGCAUUAAAGCUGAUGUUUACUUCCAGGAGCUAAGUGUGUGAUUCAUUGUAGCAGCUUUGAAUACAGUUUAAACAAUA